AUGGCCACGUCGUUGACCCAGUUAACCAGGAAGGGAGCUUCGUUUGUUUGGAGCAAAGCUUGUGAGGACAGUUUUCAGAACCUCAAGCAAAGGUUGGUUUCAGCCUCGGUUCUCACCGUACCAGAUGGCUCCGGGAACUUCGUGAUCUACAAUGAUGCUUCUAAGAAGGGUUUGGGUUGCGUGCUUAUGCAACAUGGUAAGAUGGUCGCUUAUGCCUCCCGCCAGUUGAAAAACCAUGAGCGCAACUAUCCUACCCACGACUUGGAAUUGGCAGCGGUAGUGUUUGCCCUGAAGAUCUGGAGGCCUACUUGUAUAGGGAAAAGAUCCAAGUUUUCACCGACCAUAAGAGUCUGA